UCUCGUCUCGUCUUACUCCCUCUGCCUCGCAAGAUGAAGGCUCAAAGCUUCAGCUUUCUCUCUCCUUCGCUCCCCAAAACCCUCGCAAUCUCUAGGGUUAGGGUUUAUCAAUCCUUCAGCCGUAAUCUCCCCAAUCCAUCUCUCCACUUUCUCCCCUCCUCUCCAAGUCCCAGAUUGCCUUGUCUCGCUAUGGCCGCUGUCUCCUCUUCCGGCGCUUUUAAUGGUUCUGAACCUUUAGGUUGUCGGAUUGGGGAGGUUAGGAGGGUUACCAAAGAGACGAAUGUGUUUGUGAACGUGAAUUUGGAUGGCUCUGGUGUUUCUGAAUGUAGUACUGGGAUUCCUUUCUUGGAUCAUAUGCUUGAUCAAUUGGCAUCACAUGGACUGUUUGAUUUGCAUGUAAAGGCGACUGGUGAUAUCCACAUUGAUGAUCAUCAUACCAAUGAAGAUGUUGCUCUUGCUAUUGGAACGGCACUUCUUCAAGCUCUUGGAGAUAGAAAAGGAAUCCAUCGGUUUGGGCAUUUUUCCGCUCCUCUUGAUGAAGCUGCAAUUGAUGUUAUACUGGAUCUAUCAGGCCGCCCUCACCUAAAUUAUGAUCUGCACAUCCCCACAGAAAGAGUUGGAACAUAUGAUACUCAGCUGGUGGAGCAUUUCUUUCAGUCGCUUGUCAACACAUCUGGCAUGACUCUUCACAUCCUGCAGCGUGCUGGUAAGAAUUCACACCAUAUUAUUGAGGCAACCUUCAAGGCUUUCGCAAGAGCUCUUCGGCAAGCUACUGAGUAUGAUCUGCGUCGGCAGGGGACUGUACCGAGCUCUAAAGGUGUUCUAUCACGAUCUUGAGACUGAACGACAGAUAUCAGGGAAAGUAUUGCAGAAAUAUUUCUCCAAUCCAGUGAUUGUCGAUAACAUAAUUGAUGGGUUGGGGAUUUUUCUUGUAUACUACAACCAUAAGUGCAGAUACGCCGAACAAUUGGAUCUUGGAUGUAUUUAAAUUAGGAUGUUGUUUCAUGUAUCUCCACUCCUUGUGUUAAAGAACUUGUGUAUUUUGGUAAAAGAGUUCACUCUUUGCCUUUCGAAUAAGAUUAUUACCAGACACUCAUUUUAUAUAA